GCUCAGCUCCUGGGCCAGGCGAGUGCCAGGACACUGCCCCCCAGGCUGUGUCCCCAGAGACUCCAAGAGCUCAGGCUCUGUGCUGGCCACCAUCUGGGUGGCUUCCAAGUGUGAGCAUGGUGCAGAAGUACCAGUCUCCUGUCCGUGUCUACAAGUACCCUUUCGAGCUGGUCAUGGCGGCCUACGAGAAGCGCUUCCCCACCUGCCCGCAGAUCCCAGUCUUCCUGGGCAGCGAGGUCCUGGGCGAGUCCCGCAGCGCGGACGGGGCAGUGCACGUGGUGGAGCGCAGCUGCCGGCUGCGCGUGGACGCCCCACGGCUGCUGCGGAAGAUCGCAGGCGUGGAGCACGUGGUCUUCGUGCAGAAAAACGUCUUGAACUGGAGGGAGAGGACGCUCCUCAUCGAGGCGCACAACGAGACCUUCGCCAGCCGGGUCGUGGUGAAGGAGAACUGCAGCUACUCGGUCCACCCUGAGAAUGAGGACUGGACUUGCUUCGAGCAGUCGGCCUCGCUGGACAUCCGGUCCUUCUUUGGCUUUGAGAACACCUUGGAGAAGAUCGCUAUGAAGCAGUACAUGGCCAACGUCAAGAGGGGGAAGGAGGUGAUCGAGCACUACCUGAACGAGCUCAUCUCCCAGGGCACCUCUCACAUCCCCCGCUGGACGCCCGCCCCGGUCCGGGAGGAGGACGCCCGCAGCCAGCCCGGAUCCCGGCAGGCUGAGGGGACCCUCAGGGUCCUGGGCCCUGCCGCGGAGGCGGUGGGAACUGACGGGGACAAGCUGGACGCAGACUACAUCCAGAGGUGCCUGGGCCAGCUCACACCCAUGCAGGAGAGCUGCCUGAUCCAGCUGCGGCUCUGGUUGCAGGAGACCCACAGAGGCAAGAUUCCCAAAGAUGAGCACAUCCUGCGCUUCCUGCGCGCCCGCGACUUCCACCUGGACAAGGCCCGGGAGAUGCUGUGCCAGUCCUUGAGCUGGCGGAAGCAGCACCAGGUGGACGUGCUCCUGCAGACCUGGCAGCCCCCUGCCCUGCUGGAGGAGUUCUACGCGGGAGGCUGGCACUACCAGGACAUAGAUGGACGUCCCCUGUACAUCCUCCGCCUGGGCCAGAUGGACACCAAGGGCUUGAUGAAGGCRGUGGGGGAGGAGGCGCUGCUGCAGCACGUCCUUUCUGUCAACGAGGAAGGACAGAAGAGGUGUGAGGGGAACACCAAGCAGUUUGGCCGUCCCAUCAGCUCCUGGACCUGCCUGCUGGACCUGGAGGGUCUCAACAUGCGGCACCUCUGGCGGCCGGGGGUGAAGGCCCUGCUGCGCAUGAUCGAGGUCGUGGAGGAUAACUACCCCGAGACCCUGGGCCGGCUGCUCAUCGUGCGAGCCCCCCGAGUCUUUCCCGUGCUCUGGACGCUGAUCAGCCCCUUCAUCAACGAGAACACCAGGCAGAAGUUCCUCAUCUACAGCGGCAGCAACUACCAGGGCCCCGGGGGCCUGGUGGACUACCUGGACAAGGAAGUGAUCCCCGACUUCCUGGGGGGAGAGAGUGUGUGUAAUGUCCCUGAAGGAGGACUGGUCCCCAAGUCCCUCUAUCUGACCGAGGAGGAGCAGGAGCAGGCCGACCAGCUGCGGCAGUGGAGCGAGACCUACCACUCGGCCAGCGUGCUCCGCGGGGCGCCCCAYGAGGUCGCGCUGGAGAUCCUGGAAGGGGAGUCGGUCAUCACCUGGGACUUCGACAUCCUGCGAGGGGACGUGGUCUUUAGCUUGUACCACACCAAGCAGGCGCUCAAGCCGGGCCCGCGGGAGCCUGGGGCCAGGGCCAGCGGGCAGCUGGUGGACAAGGGCUGGGUCCUGGGCACGGAUUACAGCCGCGUGGAGGCUCCGCUGGUCUGCCGGGAGGGGGAGAGCAUCCAGGGCUCCCAUGUGACCAGGUGGCCUGGGCUCUACCUGCUCCAGUGGCAAGUGCACAGCCCCCCUGGCAGCGUGGCCUGCAGCCUCCCGGGGGAUGUCCUGACCGCUCUGCACAGCCCGGGCCCCAAGUGCAAGCUCCUCUACUACUGCGAGGUGCUCGCCUCCGAGGAYUUCAGGGGCUCCAUGUCCAGCCUGGAAUCCUGCACCAGUGGCUUCUCCCAGCUCAGUGCCGCCACCUCCUCCUCCUCCUCCGGCCAGUCCCAGGGCAGCUCCCUGGUCUCCAGAUAG